AUGGCCGCUAGUGAAAAAGAUGGCGUCAUUUGCUUCACGCGUUUUUCCCGCGCGCGUGACUUGGGCUUAAUUUCAACACAAACAAUAUCCAACACGUUUUUCUUCUACCUUCUCUUGCAGCAGAGCGACCAGCAACGUAGCAUUACAGACGUUACGAGCUCCAUGGCUGACGACGCACGAGAAGAGCUCCAGCGGCUCCGAGACCUGAACAAAGCUCUCUUGGCGCAGGCUAGGGUAACGGAAGCACAACUCGACGCCGAAACAUCCCGUGCAAAUAAUGCUGAAGUCCGUGCCAGCGACGCAGAAACUCGUGCAAGCGACGCACAAACUCGUGCCAGUGAUGCAGAAACUCGUGCCAGCGAUGCACAAGUUCGUGCAGAGAUCUCGGAUGUUCAGCUGCGGGAUACAACCAUCGAAGAGCUCCUAGAGAUAUGCCACAAUGAAGCGCAGGCAACUCUCAAGAUCGAAUCUGACCUUUCCCGUGCAACCAAAGGCUUCACGAAAGUCAGCAACAAAUUCUAUCCCACAGGCCUCCACGAAAGCGACUCUCUGGCGGCGAAGCACCAGUGGUUUACAGACCAGGCUUUGAACCUUCUGAAAGCUGGAAAUGUGGACCGAAGACGCGUAUUCUCUUGCCGCGCCAACCUUCAGGGAGUUGUCGACACCCUCACACAGAUGAAGCCACUGGCUAGCGAGCGCGCCAUGGAGCAAUGGGAACAUACCGCUGUCAAUCAAUUCGUAGAGCGAAUCGCCUCGGCGCUUUGCAAAAUGCCAGAAGCACAGAAGACUUUUCACUUUGACCAUCCCUUCUCCUUCCAGACUCACGAAAGGGGGUUGAAAGAAGACAUGGAGCCUACCGAGCCUCAGACGCCUCCACAUGGCAUUGCCUCAUCAGAAGAUCCAUCCGCACCAUUCAAGCCAAAUGCUCGGAGGCCGUACCUUGCGACCGACCAGGUUGGGGUCUGCCGAACCGCUGAAGAAGAUGCAGACCUCAUCUUCAUCGUCGAGUACAAGCCUCCCCAUAAAGUAACCGCGGAUGUUCUACAACGUGGCCUGAGCCUCAAAAGCAUCCGGCAGGAAAUUCUCGCUGAGAUUAUGCAGCCAGCUCAUCAAUCCAAGCGACCGCGUCAAGGGGGCUCCGGAGAGGAGAAUAAUGAGGACGCCUUGAAUUACAAGGCAAAGAAAAUUGUCGCAGCCACAGUCACACAAAUUUUCAAUGCUAUGAUAAAAGGUCGGGUGAGAUUUGCGUACGUUACGACUGGCGAAUCCUAUUUAUGGCUUCAUAUCACGAGAGAUGAUCCCUACACUCUCCACUGGCGCCUCACCAAUCCUAACCAGGUAUCUUCUAGCGCAGCAGCAGAGAGAGAAUAUUCCAAUACAGCUGUUAGUGAAGUCCUUGGCUUCUGUCUCAUGGCUAUAGAGCGUUCGCGAUUUCAACAGGAAUGGGGCGACCAUGUCGAACAGCGCCUCCCUAGAUUUGGUAUUGAUGAUCAAGAGGUGCUGCAAAACAUUCCAGAGACUGCAGCCAAAACUUCGUUUCACAGCUACUAUUCAAGGAAAUCCGCAGACAGUCCACUCCAUAAGAAGAGUAAAGGCUCCAAGUCUCAUUGCAAGGAAGGCUCCGAUCCAGAGAACAUGUCAUCAGAGAACGAUCCUAGCGACGAGGAAAAGUAUGAGGACCACACGCCAGCCAUGAGUCACCGUCCCAAACGAGGAUCACAGGCCAAAGCAGUCGACCAGAAGCAAUCUUCCGGCACAAAAUCCUCAUCCAUGCGACAAGGAGCUAAAAAGCAAACUGUGGACCAUGCCGAUGUGGACGACGCCGAAGUCUCCGACGUCGACUUCGCCAAAGAGGAUCUCAAAUACGCAGAGAGCGACCGCAAAUUUGAGGAGCGAGCCACCUUCACCCGCAACGUCCCCUACUGCACGCAGUCCUGCCUCGCAGGCCUCCUCAACCCGGAGAAAGGUAUGGAUCCAGCCUGCCCCAACUACAAGCUCCACCCCAACUCCAACCCCGACCUCAGCUCCCCGCGCCGUCCCCACCGCCACGCGAUCCAAGCCUCCGACCUCCUCCGCCUCCUCUACCUCCAACUCGAAGACGACCGCCACGCAGGCUGCCGCGUCCUCCCCGUCCGCGGCGCACGCGGCUACCUCUUCAAAUUCGUCCUCCUCUCGCACAACUACGUCUUCGUCGCCAAAGGCACAAUCGCCGAAUACAUCCCGUGCAUGCUCCACGAAGCCAGCAUCUACGCCCGCCUGGCACCCCUCCAGGGGAAAGCCAUCCCGCCGUGCCUAGGCCACUUUGCGCCUGCGCAGCGCUUCCUCAUCCGCGCGGUGGAUGAAAUCGAGUAUUUUUUGGCGAUGGCGUAUGCGGGCACGGCGGUCGAUGAGGAUUAUUUGUGGGAUAAUCAGAGGAAGGUUCAGAGGUUGACGGGGAUGAUGCAUGUAUUGGGGGUCAGACAUGGGGAUCUGGCUGCUAGGAAUGUUUUGUGGGAUGAGCGGGAGGGGAAGUUGGUGUUGGUGGAUUUCUCCCAUUCGCGGUUUGUUGAGGUUGAGGAGGGAAAUGAGGGGGGGAAGAGGGGUGUUAAGCGGAGGAAGGAGACGAGCAGGGGGGUGGGGGAAAGAAGGUCAAGGUGGGGGUGGAGGGUCAGGAGAUGGUAG